AUCUCAUAGCUCCGUUCCCUCUCUUACAGUCCCAAUGGAUCGCCUCGCUGUAUUCGCUCUCUUCUUUACUAUUCUACUAUCCGCGACGGUAACCUACGGUGUAUCGUCCGAUCAAAUCAACGGCGCCCAAAGCGACGACGAAGAUCUUCUGAUUCGUCAAGUCGUCUCUGGUGCCGAUGAUCGUCGCUUAACCGCCGAACAACACUUCCAGAACUUCAAACUCAAGUUUGGAAAGACAUACGCCACUGAUGAGGAGCACGAUUACAGGUUCCGUAUCUUUAAGGCUAACCUCCGCAAAGCCAAGCGCCACCAGAAGCUCGAUCCCGACGCUGUCCAUGGCGUCACUCGGUUUUCCGAUCUCACCGAGUCUGAGUUCCGUACAAAUUUCGUCGGAUUGAAUCGGCUCCGUCUUCCUGCCGAUGCUCAGAAGGCUCCGAUCCUUCCUACCGACGACCUAGCCCCCGAUUUCGAUUGGCGCGACCAAGGUGCUGUCACGCCGGUCAAAGAUCAGGGUUCCUGUGGCUCGUGCUGGUCUUUUAGCGCCGUUGGAGCGGUGGAGGGAGCUAAUUUCUUGUCAACUGGAAAGCUUGUUAGUCUGAGUGAGCAACAGCUUGUGGAUUGUGAUCAUGAGUGUGAUCCCGAGGAAGCUGGUGCAUGCGACGCAGGGUGCGGUGGGGGACUAAUGAACUCAGCUUUUCAGUACAUUUUGAAAGCAGGUGGAUUAGAGAAAGAGGAGGACUAUCCUUAUACUGGCACGGACCGUGGCCCUUGCAAAUUCCAAAAUUCCAAAGUUGCUGCCUCUGUAGCCAACUUCAGUGUCAUUUCUAAUGAUGCCGACCAAAUUGCAGCAAACUUGGUCAAGAAUGGCCCUUUAGCAAUUGGAAUCAAUGCAGUUUUCAUGCAAACAUACAUAAAGGGAGUUUCAUGCCCAUACAUAUGCUCCAAACGAAAUCUAGAUCAUGGAGUUCUGCUUGUAGGAUACGGAUCUGCAGGCUUUGCUCCGAUACGGUUCAAGGAAAAGCCCUAUUGGAUAAUAAAAAACUCGUGGGGCCAAAACUGGGGAGAAAAUGGCUACUACUUAAUUUGCAAGGGAAGGAAUAUCUGUGGAUCCGAGUCGAUGGUCUCGUCCGUGGCUGCUACCCCAAACUGAGCCAUCGUUUGCACCAUUAUAUUAAGGUAACUUACUGUGGCUCUGUAAAUAUGUUUAUAUUCUGGGGAAUGGUUUAUUACACAAAGCACUAUGGAACUUGUUCAUUCUCUUGCCUGAUAGUUAUUGUUGUAUAAUUUGUAUGUUGAAAUAAUGUUGCACUCUGUAGCGCCUUUAGAUUCUAAAAAUGCACCCAGACGUUCUUAUACUGUGUGAU